AUGGAGAAAUUCAUAUCCCUUGCCACCGACCCUGACUUUCAACCCUUCCAAUGGAGCUGGCCGGGCAACCAUCAGCCAAUGCAUGCCGCCAUGAUCAUGCUCAUCGAUCUUUACGAACGGCCUUAUAGCCCUGAGGCGCCUAAGUCGAGGGCAUUUAUCGACAAGAUCUUCUCACUCACCGGACCAGAUGGUGGUGUUGUCGGCGGCGAGGACGGCAUCUCAGCCCAACGGCCGCUGAAAGAUGGCGGCCGCGAGGCAUGGGAUAUGAUUCGCAGACUACGCCAGAAAGCCUGGCAGAAAGCUGGUCUGGAUCCACAUAAGCUAUGGACCGAGCAAGCACAGAUUCAAGCCGGUGCAGCAUCAGGGCCUGACGAAUACCCCUGUGCCUCCAAUCCCUAUUAUGCCAAUAGCGGCUCUAUAGCCCCGACUCCAUCAAUUUCAACAAUGACAUCGCGACAGCAACUCGCAGACUUCUCAAAGAUGUUCUACAACAUGACACGCUCGCACAUGCUCCCCAACCCCGUCUCCACUCUACGACCCAGUCCCCUUCGAUACCAACUACCCCAAACCUCUGCCCCAACCUCCGUCCCAGACACUCCCCCAAAUCUACCGACUCCCCAGAUCCUCCAAUCACCCGCAGCCAAGGCGACUGCGACGGUCGAAACUCCUCCCCCUGCUUCCACCAUCCCUUCUCCUGACCGCAUCCCACCACUGAGCACCGCCAUCCCUUUCACCUCAACCCCACCCCCUCCCUUAUCCUUCAUGGACCUGGCUUCACCUAGCGCACAUUCCAUGGCCGCCGGCCCAACGCCUCCCUCCAUGAUGGACCCGAACCUGAACUUUGACUGGGACCAAUGGGACGCGGUCUUCGGCCAGCACCUCCCCGUCGCUGACGAGCUCAUGGAACUGGAUCCCGUGGCUGGAUUCGAGUUUGGGGAUCUUGGCGGGGGCAUGGUUGGUGGCGGUAGUCGAAGUGGUAGUUUGGGGGGAAGUGAAACGGGUCUGGGGAGUAUUCCUGGCCCCGAUUGGGUUGGAUACUGUUGA